UGGGAGCCGAGAGAAUCUUUUCCCUGCCCUGGGAAUCUAUAUGGGGCCGAGCCUGGUCGGGGGGGUCUCCCUCUCCUCUUCAGGCUCCGGGGGCCCUAAAAGCUAGCACCUCUCUGGGUAGAGGUCCCCUGGCUUCCCCAGAUACCUUCUUUUCUGGCCGCAUCGGCGAGGAGCUGAGAGCGGUCGGGAGCGCUGUGUGGUGGCCGCGGUAUCAGGGAGCCGAGGCCGCUUCUUCCGGGUUCGGGAGCUCUGGGAUCGGCUGCGGCUCCUGCGCUCGGCGCUCCUCCCGUUCGGCGUGCAGCCCAUGUGACCGGAAGUGCGGGUCACAUGGGCGAAAGAAAGAUGGCGGCGCCCAGGGAACGCCGAGCCCGGCGGAAUGCACGCAGGGGGGGUCGACUCUGCAUGGCAUUGAGUCCCCCCCCCACCUGGAAAUAAGGAGGCGGAGCCGCGCGGCAACGGGUGGACCAGGUAGGACUUAAAUUGAAUGUCAGUUUGCUGUCCAGGUGUGGUAUGGAGGUCCAGAUGUCAGCUAUGCAGGACACUAGCGCAGACAUCCCUACCCCGAGUCAUGGGGAGAAAGACACCACGGGAGAAGAUAUUUCUUCUCACAAGAAGAUCUAGAUCCCCUCCUGUCGGCUGUAAGACAGACUAUGGAUAUAGAGGAAGAGGAACAGACUCGCUCGAUACAGGACGAGAUGUUCGGCGGCUUAAAAGCUAGGAAGAAAAAAUUGUUCCCGGUGAACGAGAAUUUGAAGGACCUAGUCAUAGACGAAUGGGCUGACGCCGAUAAGAGAUUGUAUAUACCGCGGGAAUUUAAGAACAGGCUUUUGUUCAACCCGGAGGACACAAAACUGUGGGAUGUAGUCCCUAAAGUCGAUAUCCAGGUGGCGAAGGUGGUAAAAAGAACCACCCUCCCCUUUGAGGACUCAGCCCAGUUAAAGGAGCCAAUGGAUCGGAAGAUCGACGGUUUGCUCAAAAGAGCAUGGGAAGUUUCGGCCAAUAGCAUUAACACCAAUAUUGCUGCUACGUCCGUGGCCAGAUCUCUGUGUCUUUGGGUGAACCAGCUGGAAGAACAUCUUAGGCAAGACACCCCUAAGGAAGAGAUCCUGGCGUCAUUACCCCUAUUUAAGAUGGCUGCAUCCUUUGUAGCAGACGCCUCAGCGGAGUCCAUAAGAUUUGCAGCAAAAACAGACUCCCUAACCAAUACGGCAAGGAGAGCCCUGUGGCUAAAACCCUGGUCGGGGGAUAUAGCCUCCAAGAAUAAACUAUGCGCCUUACCCCUUAAAGGUUCUCACCUCUUUGGUCCGGUACUGGAUGAGAUCCUGGAGAAGACAGCGGACAGAAAGAAGGGGUUUCCGGAGGAAAAAGGAAAGAAACCUUUGCCCUUUCGUAAGACAACCAGCAGCUUCCAGGGCACUCCCAGAGGUAAAGGGAAGACUGGAAGGUGGAGCUACCCCAAAGGGGGAAAAGGUCGAGGUUUCCUUUUUAACCCCAAUUCCAAGCCUGAGAAACAAUGA